AUGAGGAGUUUGCAUAAGUAUGUUGGAGUUCUUGCUGUUAUAUUUGUGUUGGGGAUAGGAACUUCUGAAUGCCGAAAAUUAAAGAAACAAGAUUUUUAUGACAACUUUGGUGACUUAGGUGCUGGUUUAGGCCAAGGUUUUGGGGGAGGUUUUGGAGGUGGUAAUGGUGGAGGUGGUGGUGGUUUUGGAGGAGGUGGUGGAGGUGGUAGUGGGGGUGGUAUAGGUGGAGGAAGUGGAAGUGGUUUUGGUGGAGGGUUUGGAAGUGGUGGUGGUGGUAAUGGCAAUGGUGGAGGUGGUGGUGGUGGGGGUGGUGGUGGUGGUGGAGGUGGUAAUGGUGGUGGUAUAGGGGGAGGAAGGAGUAGAGGUGCUGGCCAUGGUAGAGGAUUUGGAGGUGGAGCUGGCAGAGGUAGAGGUGGUGGUGGGGGUGGAGGUGGAAAAGGUGCGGGUGGUGGAUCCGGAAGUGGUGCUGGUGGAGGCUUUGGUGGUGGAUCUGGUGGAGGUUCUGGAGGGGGAGGUCUUGACGGAGGCUUUGGAAGUGGCGGUGGUUUUGGAUUCGGCUUUGGAGGCGGUAUAAGUGGUGGUUUUGGAGGUGGUGCAGGUGGAGGUGAUGGUGGUGGGAAAGUUUAA